AUGGACUCCUCGUUGCUUGAGGUCUGGCAAGCUGCUGCUAGCACGCCGUUCCAACCCGCCGUUGCCAAGGAUUCCCAAUUCUUCAUUGCGUUCCUUCUUCUCCUCAUUGGUGUUGCUAUCACUGGUUUCUUCGCUCUGAACCGUUCCUUCAUCAACGUCCCAGCGCUCGGCGUGCCUGCCUCAGCUGCAAUUGCAUUCGGCACGGUUUACAUGUUCUGCGCGGUCGGAGUCUACGUCUAA